AUGUCGUUAAAGGCAUGUCUUGAAAGUCAUGCGGUGGGCGAGCUCGUACGCGCUAAAGGCAUCAUGGUGGACGUGCCGCAUAGUGCACCAGUGCGCGAUGCGCUGCAGCUGAUGCGCAUGCACGGCAUCUCCGCGCUGCCCGUGUGGGCUCCGCCCAACGAGUGGGUGGGCGCGGGGGGUUCCUCCAUCAUGGUCACCGACGGCAGCACCAGCGGAAGCGGAAGCGGAAGCGGGGGCGCAGGGUCAGGGACCGGCGGGUCGGAGGUGGUAGAGGCGAGCGAGGAGCGCGGGGGAGCGGGGGAGAAGGGCGCGGGGGCGGGGGCGAGCGGGGGAGCGGGCGCGGGGAGGGCGCGGAGGCAGUACAUCGGGAUGGUGAGCGUGCUGGACGUGCUGAUGCACUUCGCGCAGUCGUCCGCGCGCGACGACCCCACGUGGGCGCUCGACGUGCCCAUCUCCACCCUCAUUGGCCACUGCCUUGAAGGCCUCUCCUGCUGGACCCUCCCCUUCCACCUCUCAGUGCUGGACUCCUUGGAGCCAAUGAGCAAGGGCGGGCACCGGGUGCUGCAUGUAGAGAGUGCUGGAUUCCUUGGAGCCAAUGAGCAAGGGCGGGCACCGGGUGCUGCAUGUAGAGUGCUCGAUUCCUUGGAGCCAAUGAGCAAGGGCGUGCACCGGGUGCUGCUGCCACUGCCAUCCGCGGACCGCCCCCCCUCGGGCCCCAUCGUGCCGCUCUCCGUGGCCACUCACGGCGGCUUCUCCCGCGGCCUCCUCACCACCGGCUGUGCCCCCGCCUACACCAUCCUGAACCAGGUGGAUCUGAUCAAGUUCAUGCAGAGUCAGGUGGCCUGCAUUCAAUUCAUGCCUGUAUCCGGCCUGUCCUAUCGCCUCCUCUCGCAGGUGGAUCUGAUCAAGUUCAUGAUAGCUGAAGCACAGGCAGAGACAGGUGGGCAGCACCACCACUUCAAGUCCACCAGCAGCAACGGCUCCACCACCGCCACUGCCACACCGUCCUCCUCUUCCGCUCCCCCUGCUGCCACGGGCAGUGGCAAGUCUCUAGCAGAGCUGCUGCAGCUGUCAGUGAAGGAGGCGGGGGCGGUGCAUGGGACGGUGUUUGCGGUGCCGGCGAGCAUGAAGGUGCUGGACGCCAUUCGCUGCAUGCAGCAGGCGGCUGUGGCUGCUGUCGCCGUGCUCGAGCCCACGCCCGAUGACAAACUCGACGACCCCAUGCUCACCUUUGGCCAAGGACGUUGCCUGGUGGGCACGUUGUCCGCUAGCGACCUGCGCGCCUGCAGUGAGGAGGCAGCGCUCACAGCACUUCCCCGUUUGACCGUUGGUGACUUCCUAGCCACUCUUUCUGUCGCUCAAGACGUCGGAAUUUCCGCCGCUUUCAGCCCGUACGCCCCUCCCCCCGCCCUUGCUACUCUUGCGUCAAACUCCCCGGCGUCGUCUCCCGCUCGCAUGUGCGAGGCGAGGUCCAUGGUUCCGAUUACUUGCCGAGAGCAUUCCCGGCUAGGCGUGGUUAUGUCCCAGGCGAUUGCUGGGCGCGUGCAUCGAGUGUGGGUGGUUGCGGAUGAUUCGUCAGGAAUUCUUAAACACCACGCCGGUCCAGAGCACGACAUUCUGCAAAUCCGCCGCUCGUCGUACCACGACGUCGUGCGCGUCGGCGAGCUCUCGCGACUUCUAGACCUGCACCACAUUCAGGUGUACGUGAUAAACAGCGCGAAAGUGGUUUUUAUUAAUCCGCGGCCGCAGUCUCGCGUGGUUAAAGGCGCGCCGUUCUUCUGCCGCACGUGCCACCGCACAUUGCUCGACGCCAGCCGAUACUGCUCCAUUGGCUGCAAGCUCGCCGCAUUGCGCCACGACCCCGCGCUCACAUUGCGCCCGCGGGGGGGAGGCACCGCGGAGCACGCAGCGCGGCCGGCUGCGGGACAUGGGCAUUUCGGGGCCAACGCGGGCGUUGACCGGCCGGCGCGGUCUGGGGACGGGUUAUCGGACGACGACUCAGGCACGUGGUCGGCGGGGCACCGGCGGAAGGAAGGGGGAAGCGAUUGGCGGAACGAGUGGCGCAAGCGCACAUUGCCCCCUCUGUUGAUGGAAGAUAACGACGCGGCGAGCUCGGGGGAGAGCGACGAGGGGCGCGGGGAGGAGGACGGGGACGAGGGGGUGUCCGCGGACUGGCGGAGGGGCGGCGGAGAGAAGGAGAGGAAGCGCGCGCGCUACGGCAAGGUGAAUGGCGCGGAGUCUCUGCGGUAUCCGGAGCUGGUUGGCGCGUCGUCCCCGGUGUUCUCCCCUGUGACUCCGCCGCUGGCGUAUCAACAUGAAGGCAGCACCGGCUCCCCCUGGCGCGCGCACAGGCGGAAGGGCGUUCCGCACCGUUCCCCCUUGUCUUGA